AAGCAGCCACAGGGAUGGAUGUGUUUCUGGUGAUCCAACACAAGAAGACCAACAUCUUUGCUGAGGCCAAGGAGUCGAGCCCAGUGUUGGAGCUCAAGUACAUAGUUGAGGGCAUCCUGAAGAGGCCUCCUGAUGAGCAGCUGCUGUUCAAGGACGACCAGCUCCUUGAUGAGACGAAAACUCUGGCUGAAUGUGGCUUUACCAGCAAGGUAGCAAAGCCACAGGCCCCAGCCACAGUGGGUCUGGCCUUCAGAACAGAAGAUGCCUUUGAAGGCCGGUCUAUCUACCCCUAUUCUUACCCUCCCGAACGUCCAGACGUGAUGAAGGAUUCUGGAAACAGUGCUAAGGAACAAGUUGUGCAGUAA